UGCGAAGCGAACAACUAAAAAUUCCCCAGUUGGGUUCUUGCGUGCGAUUCGAUCGUCGUCCAGGGUUUCAGCCGAGGUUUCCCCAAUCCGUCGUCGAAUUCGAUGGCGGCUAACGCUGGCAACAAGAUCCGCAACGCCAAGCUGGUUCUUCUUGGAGAUGUGGGUGCUGGCAAAUCUAGCUUGGUUCUUCGGUUUGUAAAAGGACAAUUUGUUGAAUUCCAGGAAUCAACUAUUGGAGCGGCUUUCUUCUCCCAGACUUUGGCGGUCAAUGAUGAGACUGUUAAAUUUGAAAUCUGGGAUACUGCUGGGCAGGAGAGGUACCAUAGCUUGGCUCCGAUGUACUAUAGGGGUGCUGCUGCUGCCGUUGUUGUCUAUGACAUCACGAAUCCGGCCUCCUUCACCCGUGCAAAGAAAUGGGUUCAAGAACUUCAAGCUCAAGGAAACCCGAAUACAAUUGUGGCUCUUGCAGGCAACAAGGCUGAUAUGCUAGAUGCGAGGCAGGUGCCAGCAGAGGAAGCAAAGACGUAUGCGCAGGAGAAUGGGCUUUUUUUCAUGGAGACAUCUGCUAAAACUGCUAUCAAUGUGAAUGACAUAUUUUAUGAGAUUGCAAAGAGGUUGCUUCAAGGGCAACCGGCUCCAAACCCACAGGCUGGAAUGGUUCUGACUCAGAGACCAAAUGAGAGAAUGGUCAGCACUUCUUCAUGCUGCUCUUGAAGCACAGCUUAAACCUUAUAUUGCCAUGACGAAAUCUACCAGAGGAAAUUCAACAAAAUAUCCCCAGUGUCCUGUGUGGCAGCCUUCCGGGUUGAUAUACUCCAGAUCUCCUACUCUUUUCUGUUCAUGUGUUUGUCAUGUAAAUGUCAACUAGAAUGCCACUGCAGAGACCCAGAAGUGUUACAAAGCAUUGGUUGUGUUGUUAUCAUUCAAUGGUGUCCUUAAGUAUUCAAAUCUGCAUGCCAUGGUAUUUUAUGUUUUGGUUAUCUGCUGCGCCUGAGACAUGGUAAAGCUUGGUUGCUGUUGUCUCACACUACUCAGCUGCAGUUUUCACCACUGCAGCACCCAAGAAAGGAAAAUAUAAUACCCUGUUCUUUGUGU